AUGGCGGCCAUGAGGUUACCUCACCGGUGCCGGCUGCUGUGGAAAAAUACAUGUUCUAAAGUUAAUCUAACGAACGACGUGAUAAUUAAUUUGCCGAAAUCGUCCUGUAUAUCACGGAGUAGCAGUAUAUGUAAUGGUAUUUCGGAACGUCAUAUGGCCAAGCACUUAUAUCCAAGUGAUUAUAUUUCAUUGAAAAACACAAGAUAUUUUUGUACAAAUUCUAGUCCUAAAGAAGCAGUAACUGAUCCAACAAAACUAACAGAAUCUGAACUUUCACAAGUUUGUACAAAUAUUAAAAAAGAAUUAAAUACAAGUAAACAUAAUCUUAAUGAGAUUAGCCAUUAUUUAUUUGAUGGGAAGGGAAAAGCUUUUCGUCCAAUGACAGUACUACUUUCAGCAAAAGCCUGCAACUACCACUCAGGACUAUCCACUCAAGUGACUCAGUCACAACGUGAAGUGGCCAUGAUUGCCGAAAUGAUACACACAGCAAGUCUCAUACACGAUGAUGUCAUUGAUGCUGCUGAUACUCGCAGAGGAAAAGCUGCUGUCAAUGAGAUAUGGGGACAAAAAAACGCUAUAUUAGUUGGUGAUUUUAUUCUGUCUAAGUCAUCUGCAUUGUUAGCAAGGAUAGGGAAUAAAGAGGUUGUUAUUGUUAUAUCACAAGCCAUAGAUGAUCUUGUUAGAGGUGAAUUUAUGCAGCUUGGAUCUAAAGAAGAUGAGAAUGAGAGAUUUGCGCAUUAUCUACAAAAAACUUAUAAGAAAACUGCCAGUCUCAUAGCAAACAGCUGCAAAGCGGUGAGUAUUUUAAGUGGAUGUAACCCAGCAAUAGUUGAGAUCACUUAUCAGUAUGGUAGAAACAUGGGUAUAGCAUUCCAGCUGGUGGACGAUAUGUUAGAUUACAUCUCCAGUGACACUGUGAUGGGUAAACCAACAUCUACAGAUCUUAAACUAGGAUUGGCAACAUCACCUGUACUCUUUGCUUGUCAACAGUACCCUGAGUUAAAUGCCUUGAUUAUGCGUAGAUUUAGUGAACCCGGUGACGUGGAAAAAGCGAGACGGCUAGUUGCUGAGACUGAUGGUAUUCAGCAAACCAGAUAUUUAGCACAGCAAUAUUGUAAUGAAGCCAUCAAACAAAUCAGUGGUCUGGCAGAGUCUCCAGCAAGGAAGGCGUUGGUCACACUAACACAUAAAAUUUUAAACAGAAUAAAAUAG